AGGGAAUGGACUGAAGAUCAGGAGGCAGAGGUUGCACCACAAAGAAAAUCAUGACCAAGUGCUUUCUGGUGAAGUCCCAUGUCCUUAAAAGAUGAACCAGUCAUACAGUGUAGUUCCUGGUGCCUCACCAGGGGAAUGCAGCUACCAGGGACCUACUGAAAAACUGCAGGGACAUUUUGCCUGUUGCUCUUGCAAAUCCACACUUCAAGCUGGGUUUGGUAAGAGGAGAACAAAAUAUACGUAUCCUGUUGGAUUGUAGUCCUCCAGCUUUUCUCUAAGCAUUGGUACUCCUUUACCAGAAUGCUUAAUAGGAAAGUUUUACUCUUAAAGUUACCUGUAGAGAGCAGUUUAAUUUUGCUGAGCUUUAGGAUGGGAGUGUGAAUCAAUUUAAACAUGUAGAGGGAUUUAGUUAUAUUGGACAUGGCCUGCUGUUAUGCCUGCAGCCGCCAGCAAUUGUUUAAUGUACAGAAUAAGACAAUUAUUAUGAGCCAUAAAGCCUACUCAGUGGAGCUGUAACAAUGGCAGCCAUUUACAAAGAGGGCUCUUACUUCUCUGUGACAUUCUCCGCAGUAAUUUAAUUUCUCAUAACCUGCUCAAGGAAAGACUUAGUUACAAAUAACAGGACAAGGUGAGCAUUAAUCCCCUCCACAAAUGUAUUAACGUGUCUUCCGCAUAACAGUUCAGUGAGUACUAAUUCUGUGUGGGGCUGAAUGCUGCUACUGAAAUUAGUGGGAGAAAUAAUCUGGCAGAUACUCAGCUUUGGUUAAUGGACACAGUAGAUGUUAUAUUUCUUAAGAACCCCCUUUCAUUUUGUAAAUAAUUAUCACUUUGGGUGAUAAGUGGUCAGGGAAUGAUUAGGAAGUGCUGUUUUUCUGAGUAGUAUCCCUUUUGUUCUGCAGACAAUACAAAAAGACUGGAUGUCUUCUUAAAUAUAAAAUGAAUCCUAGACUAUAGGGUUGUUACAAAAAUAGUGAUUUAAAUCUCAAUCUCCUGGCUGGGAAAAUAAUAAUAAUAAAAAAGCCUCCUUUUAUCCCUGGCUUGCUAUUCCUCUCCUAUACCUGUGGUUCUUCAAGAUCAUCAUAUUUCCAAUCUGUGAUACCCAGAGCUGUCUCUGUUCAUCGCUUUUGGGAGAAAUAAGAUGCCUAUGAGAAGCUCACUGGCUUUCUCUUCUCUGAUGCCAGCUGUCAGCAGGCUUAGUUAUUUCUACAAUAGACAAAAAAAAAAGAAUCCUGUUUCAGAUACCUGACACCAAGAUUAAUAUAGCAUACGUGAAUCUUUCUUCCCGGUAGGCUCUGUAGGCAAACACAGACGUGGCUAUGGCUGAGCCGGAGAUGGGCAUAGCUACAGCAUAGCUCAGGCAGGGACCACAGGGCCCCUCUUGAAGGUUUUAUGCUUUUGCAUAGCUACUUAGAAGUCUUACUGUAUAGGUUUUUCAUGUUUAUUUCAUGGGACAAAGAUCUAAUUUUCUUCCAUAUACGAGUUUUGCAGAAACAUGGCCAUGAUGGUGUGAAGGAAUGUCUGUACAUCUCUAGCCCAACAUGUCACCUGAAGUAGGAUUAUCACCAACACCAGAUCAGGUGAGCAAGCCUCAGAAAUCUUCAAGGCCAGAGAUCGCACAGCCUGUCUGGCGACCUGUGGCAGGCUGCACGACCCUGCUGGUGAGGACAAAGGUCAAAACCUUCCAAGCCCAACCACUUGUGCCCCCUGCCCUUUGGUGUAUCAUCUGACUCUAGCGAGCAGAGCGCGGCCCCGCACCUCUCCUCUGGCCGUCCCCUCAGGGCGGCCGCAGCCAGCCCGGCAGGCGGGCCCGGGGCGGUGAACGCACGGCUUCAGCGGCCAUCCCUCUGCAAGCGGAGGCGGAGGCUGGCGCCGGCCAUGGCAGGCGGCAGCUCGGCGAGGCGGCUGUGGCAGCUCUGCAACCUGCUCAUGGCCGCCUUCUUCGGGCUGGCGGCUGCCGUGCAGGUGAACGACCCCGACGCCGGGCUCUGGGUGGUGAGUACAGGCUGGAGCGUGGCGCAGGGCAGAAGGUUGUCUACUUGGUGCCGGCUGCCCUUACACUGCUUGUUGGCCUUAACCCUUCAGUCACAGAGAGUUAUUUGGUCUGGUGAUUAUUACAAUAUGGAUGAGUCUUUGUCGCAGUUCAGAAAAAAUUUCUGGUCCUGGAAAGCAGAACCCAUGCAGCAACCCAGAGACAGUAACCAUGCUCCAUCAUCACUGAUCCUGGAGAAGGAAGCACAGAGAACUUGAGAACUUCAUCGAACCAGUCCAGCUGGGUUUGGCUAAAUCCUCCAUUAAACUCUACAAACUGGGGUUCUUUGAGCCCUGCAAUGAAGAAGAAUGUUAGGCAUAUGUGCAUACACCUACUGUAACUUCCUUAUUUACUUUUAAUUAUGUAAAUCUACUUAUGAGAAAUGGUUUAUUCUUAGAGCUUCCUUUUUGUACAUCUCAGAUCAGAACUGCAGCCUCUGUGGACAGAUGCAAGAAAAGUUACUGUUGGGGUGGGGGUUGGCCAUAUUGCACGCACAGCAUUUCCACUUGUGUCCCUGCAUGCUGUCGUGGCUGGGGUGGCUCGACACAGCCGCAGCACCCGCGCUAACAGGUGCCUUCCGUGCUUGUGCCGCAGGACACGCGACCCAACAUCAACCCAUCUAAAA